AUGACUGCAGACGUUACAGUAGAAGCUUUGGACAGAAUGAUAUCUGUACUUGAAGAAAUCGGUACUAAGAAAGGGAUUGAAAUAAAUCAGAAAAUAUCAUUGGAUGAUAUUCUGACAGUAUUGUUCACGGCCACAAGGAUCAUCAUGGAAGAUGGCGUAUUGGUUGAAGUUGAAGUGCCAAUUAAAGUAGUUGGUGACAUCCAUGGCCAGUAUGAAGACUUGCACAAAUUAUUUGCAAUCAUUGGUAAAGUCCCGGAAGUACGAAUGAUAUUUCUUGGAGAUUACAUCGAUCGCGGGCCACAGUCUAUCGAAACGUUAAUCUACUUACUGUGCUUGAAAAUAAAGUAUCGAGAUCGGAUUUUCUUGCUGCGCGGAAAUCACGAAACACCGGCCGUAAAUCGUAUUUAUGGGUUUUACAACGAAUGCGCAGUGAAAUACAAUGUCGGUUUGUGGUGGGAUUUUCAAUCAUUUUUUAAUCGCAUGCCCGUCGCUGGACUCAUUUCAAAACGUGUACUUUGCAUGCAUGGAGGCCUAUCACCACACUUGACUAACCUUGACCAAAUCCGCCAGAUUAGACGUCCAUGUGAACCACUGGAUCGAGGAUUACUAAUUGACUUGGUCUGGUCUGAUCCGACAAAUAAAGGAGACGGCUGGUUUUACUCUCCACGUGGUCUAAGCUAUUCAUUUGGCAAAGGUGUAUUACUUGCUGCUUGCAAACUUCUUAAAAUUGAUUUGGUCAUCAGAGCUCAUCAGGUUGUACAGGACGGAUACGAGCUGAUGGUAGGCAAGAAGUUGAUUACCAUAUUUUCUGCCCCAAAUUAUGCUGGACAGUUCAACAAUGCUGGUGCAGUUGUCUGCAUUGAUGAUGACCUACAGGUAACUUUUCAACAGCUGCGUGUUCCACCUGGACCAACUUGUGUGCGACCUUGUCCAGAAGUAGCUUGCGCCCCAGGUCAAGCUUUAGCGUUGCCUGACGUUAAAAAAGUCAUUAGCACGCCUGAGACAAGUUCGGAAAAGAAGGAGGGGUCAAUGAGGAAACCUCCAGUGGGUAAUGAGAACGAAAGGAAAGAUGCAAGUAUGGGAGGUGAAAAGGGGAAGGAAGGGGAAGGGAGUGAGGAUGGAAAGACUGGGGUGGAAGUGAAGCAAGAAAAAGAAAAAGAAAAAGAAAAAGAGCAAGGCAAUGACGACAAAGAGGAGAAAAAGAGCACGAACGUCAAGGAGAGCUCUAAGCAAGAGAAAAACACCACAACCUCAGAUAAUAAAACUCCAUAA